ACCUCACUUCUCUGUACUCUCAGCCCAGGCCAAUGCAGGGUGCAGAGGGACCCCAGAGCUGAAAACUCAGAGACACAGAGGACUUUUCUGGCUCCCCUACCACUUCCAGGGAACCGAGAAGAGCUGCAAAGGAUGACAACAUCAGGACAGCUCUCUUCGGACUGCCGGCCACCUUGCUGCCCCUUCCCCUCUAACACUCACACCUCCCUCUUGAAUAUUCCACAGCACCCUCUCCUAUCCUGCAGGGAAACACCAGGGUGGGGAAGCAACGUGGUUCUUAAGCUAUAUUUAGGGGACACCCACACCCCCUGCUGUAGCUCACUGGCUGGGCACACUCUAAGUGUACCAAGGGAUAGGAUAGUGAGAGUUUACAAUUGACUAUGACCUUCAACUAUAGCUCCAAUGCCAGCAUCUUGAGGGGCUAAAAAUGACUAAGGCAAUGGCCAACUGGAUGGGGUCAACAGAGGACACAGAUAUCCAAUCCAACCAACGCCUCACUUUCUCUGGCGGCUCAAAACUCUUCCCUUCCAAGUACAAGUAAAUGAGCAUACAUCAACACUAGAAGGUCUGGAGAGUCGUCGAGCACCCAUACAGACUUGCAAAGAAAGAAGCCUGGAGCUUGGGAUGGGUGGGGUCAAUUUACUGAGCUCCUAUUGGUUGGGUGCGGUGAGGCUAGAGGUCAGGGUUCUUAGUCCUGACUCUGGGGUCUGAGAAAACACACGAAGGUGAAUGACAUGGGAGACAGACUUCGGUCUUUCAGGGACAAGACCCAGACUCCCAGGGUCACUAACCCUCCCUAAUCUCUACUGAGUCCGGAGAACAUGUCCUCUCCAGGCGUCGAUCAAUACAAGCUGGAGGGGCCUGCGGGGCAACACAAGCAGGGUAUGGAGAGAAGGGAGCGGUGACAUGGCGACAGAGCAUGGCUGUGUCAGAACCUUUGGAUCCUACCCCACUGCCACUACCAUGUGACCUUAUCCGGCCGGCUACUACUCAGUUUGGAGAACUCUCAGAUGAUAUUCCCCUCCCCUACCGUCUGCCCCCACCACCACCUGCAGUCAACCAUGGCCUCAGAAGCAGAAAGAACAUUCCAUCGGUUUGCUGUCUUUGGAGACUCAUCCAGCAGUGGCACUGAGAUUAACAACAAGAACUUCUCCAAACUCUGUAAAGACUGUGGCAUCAUGGAUGGCAAGGCGGUGACCUCCACAGAUGUGGACAUUGUGUUCAGCAAAGUAAAGGCCAAGAAUGCCAGAACCAUCAACUUCCAACAGUUUCAAGAGGCGAUGAAGGAGCUGGGCCAAAAGCGGUUCAAGGGGAAGAGCGUAGACGAGGCUUUGGAGGGUGUUUAUAAACUCAUGGAAGGCAAGGACCCCGCUACCACUGGUGUUACUGAUCUACAUCAGGCUGACAGAACUUGGAUCUGCUCCUGGCUGGAGGGAAACACUCUCCCACGGGCUUUCCAGUGGUAUCGAGAGGCUGGCUGUGUGGAACUCCGGAAGAAAGGCUUGGCUCGGAGGGUAGGCACUCAUCCAAGUCCAGCCUCCCUCUCCCCACCCGGUGCUCCCUCCCACUGCAGGCUGGAGGAAGCAGCAGCUGUUGUCCUGUAGGGAACACAGGCAACGAUCCACCUGGCACUGCUGGGAUUUUCAUAACACCCACCCGGCCAGGGUGGAGGCUCUGCCUUCUCCCCUUCCUCCUGUGGUCCUCAUUCUUUUGUCUUUCCCUCCUUUUGCCAUGAACACAAUGAACGUAAAGUGGCAAACUAUCCUACCGAGUGCAAAACGAAGCCAACCUUGCCAGUCGGAUAGUGUAGGCUAAUAAAGCCAAAUCCAAGUAACAAAGAAUUCAGCCUGAAUUGUAUAGACUGUAGGACUCUACUUUCCUACUUCAACUUCUGUGUGCGACUUGAAGCUCCACCUCCUUUCCCUUUGACCUGAGACGGUAGAGCCUCUGGGAAGCCCAGAGCGGAUAGGAUAAUACAGUGACGGUGCCGGUAAACAGCGCGGUUCAGGUCAUGGUUUGGAAGCACCACACUUUGGGGGAACUCUAAGCUAAGAGUGUUAAUGAGCUUACAGCCUCCUGCCCCCUCCUUCCCCCCUGCACUUCCAGGGGCAAAACUGGACUAAACUGACAUGAUUUUGGCCCAUGACCUACUUUAAAACAUGGGUUCUGGGUCUCUGUGUAAAGGCAUGUGUCCUGCCAGCCUGAGUUCAGCCCUGGUACCCACAUGGAAGGAGAGAAAUGACAGCUACCGCUUGUCUUCUGACCUCAUCACCUCACACUUUCUCCUCCAUCCUUUCCCCUUCCCCUCUCUCAAUAGGUAUAAAAAAACAAAAUGCAAUUCUGUUUGUGUACUUGCAUGCACGCACACACUUGCACAGUCACAUGAUUGUGCCUGUGCAUCUACAGCAGCGUGGUGUCAUACUCUAUCCGGAAGUCCUGACACCUCAAACAGAGAAGAGAACAGUGCUCUCUCUCUUCAGGGCCAAACCUCCCGGAGGAAACACAGUAGUGUGAACUUGUCCAUGGCGCUGUCUUGCCAUCUAGUGGCCUUGUCCUUCUCCAACACGGCUUGUGUUUACAGAACCUCAUCCUUACUACAGCUGCGCUGUCUACCAACGUGACCUCUCCCCAUCUCCAAAACCUACUCACCUUCCCUGCUCAAAAUCCCAGCGUCCGCAGGGAGACAGAGGGAGAGUGUGAUUGGCAUACAUUGCAUGUAAGCCUAAUAUACUCAAAGGAUUUACCAAAGUAUAUUUUUAAAAAAAUCCUAAUUUCUAGACCAAAACGCCAACUUCAUAAUCAACACAGUUCGUGUGAUUUGUCUGUGGUUGUAACCCACAUACAUUAAGUGUCCCUUAGAACAGGUCCUUGGCUCCUCAGAGUGAAGCUGCAGCCUCUAUUGUGUCCCUAAGGUCUCCCAUCUCUCUGAGCCACGCUGCUCUCCUUGCUGUGUUUCUCCUGCACCCGGCUGUCUGCAUGCCCCACAGGAACAUCCAGACUAGCACAAGUUUGUCCUCUCAUCUUGAUGUCUCUGUUCUAAAGUCACCUACUUCAAUGACCUGCUCAAAAGUCUCUGCCCACCCAUCCUGUUAUACCAUUUUCCUCAGCACUUAUCUCUGAGCAAAGUUAUGUGUGUUUUCAGUCUUUCCCCAACGUAAUGCAAGCUCUGCAAAGAUUGGGAUUUAUGUCUUAUUCACCGAUACAUAUCGGGUAUACCACUCCCUCAAGGCAGCUGCUCUUGUUUUGUUGUUGUUGUUGUUUUGGUUUUUCAAGACAGGGUUUCUCAGUAGCUAUGAAGCCAGUCCUGGAACUCGCUCUGUAGUCCAGACUGCCUCGAACUCACAGAGAUCCACUGCCUCUGCCUCCCAAGUGCUGGGAUUAAAGGUGUGCACCACCACCGCCGGGCAGUUGCUGCUCUAUAUAAUGUCAUUGCCGGGUACUGGGGGAGGACUUGAACCUAAGAGUUUGAGAUCACUUGUUUACGUGUGAAUUCUGAAAAGAAAACAGAAACAAUCAUUCACUGUUGCAAGAGCUCCUUCCGCUCCUUCAGCCAAUAGCUGCUGAGAUACCAGCCCAUUGAGGCGUGGUCU